AUGUCGAAACGCUCCAGAAGCCACUCGAGGUCCCCUUCUCUUGAUGGGACCGGCUCAGUAUCUUCAACCACCGUGAAUCUGGCGACUCCACCUCCAGAACGAAACAAAUUGCUGGACAGUGGUCCCAAGAUCCUUCCGGAAGUAAUGCAUUGCUCCUUACCGCCUCACCGCGAGACGCUCUCGUUUACUUCCUACGAGGACUACGAGGUUCAUUACCUGCAAGCUCAUGUGAACCGCUGCUCUGAGUGCAGCAAGAACUUUCCAACGGGUCAUUUGCUCAAUCUGCAUAUUGAAGAGAACCAUGAUCCACUGACUGCUGCCAUGCGAGCCCGGGGAGAUAAGACGUUUGGCUGCUUUGUCGAGAACUGUGAGCGGAAAUGCUCAACUCCUCAAAAAAGGAGAAUGCACUUAAUCGACAAGCACAUGUUUCCUCGGACCUACAACUUUUUCAUUGUGAAUGACGGUAUUGAUAAGCAUGCCUCCAUGUUGCGGCCGAUGAACAGUCACCGACGUCGGAUCUCAACGUCGUCGGCCCUGGAGGGUAGGUUGCGACGCCGGAGUUCUGCUUCGCAGUCGAACCCAGUGGUAGCGGCAGUACCUGAACCGAAGUCAUCUACUGAUAUGGAAAUUGACGAACUGGAAAAGUCCAUGUCCGCUCUACGGUUCGUGCCCACAAGCGUGGCAAGGAACCGAAACAAGAUGCCUGGAAAGUAG